UCUCGUAAUUUACAAUUUACAAAUUUUGAUUUUUAAGUUUUCUUCUUCCCUUUUUCAAUCUCCAAAUCCUUCAACGCUAAACUAGAAACUUCUUAGGGUUAGGGUUUCAAUGGGGAGCAAGGUCACCGACCACCACCUCUCCACCGUCAGAUCAAUAGUCGGUUCCGAAUUCACCGACAUGGACAUCAUCAGAGCCCUACACAUGGCAAAAAACGACGUCACCGCCGCCAUCAACAUCAUCUUCGACACCAAUACCCCUAAAUUCAAACCCACUCGCACCAUCAACACUCGACGAAUUUCUCCGCCGAAAUCAACGUCACGCGCCGUGAAAACAAGCUCCAACCACAUCGUCGAUGUAGAAAACAGUAACUGUUCCGUUAAGUCUGAUUCCGAUGAUUGGUGGUUUGUUGGUUCCGGUGAAGUGGCGGGGCUGUCCACGUGUAAAGGGAGGAGUAUAAAAUGCGGGGAUGCAGUGGUUUUCAAAUUUCCACCUAAAAAGCUAUCUGCUUCGCCUUCUCCUGGUAAGGGUUUUGGUCGAGCAGCAACUUGUUCUGAGAUAGUUCGAUUUUCCAAUGAACAAGAUUGGGAGAUUGGUAGAAUACCAAAUGAAUGGGCUCGGUGUUUGUUGCCACUGGUUCGGGAUAAUAAAGUCAGGGUUGAAGGGGAAUGUAAAUUUGCUCCUAAUGUAUUGGCCAUCAUGGACACGAUCAUUUUGUCAAUUAGCGUCUUCAUCAAUAGGUCAAUGUUUGUUAAGCAACAUGAGGUUUCUCUCAAGGAUGCUACUAAUUCGACAGAUGAAUCAGUGUUUCAUCCUCUUCCAGCCCUGUUUAGAUUGCUUGGUUUAAGCCCUUUCAAGAAGGCGGAGUUAACUCCUGGUGAUUUCUAUUCCAACAAGCGUCCUUUCAGUCAAAUGGUCCCAUUACUACAUGCCAAGUCUGAGCGUCCUUCUCAAAAUGGUCAUGAUAAUGAAAAUGAGGAUUCUGUUUCUGAAUUUGAUCUUGACAACAUUGUUGGUGUUGCAUCAAGCUCAGAAUUAGAGGAAAUGGACCCCCCUGGAAAUCUUCUGUGUGAACUGCGUCCAUAUCAAAAACAGGCUCUUUAUUGGAUGGUUCAGAUGGAGAAGGGACGACCAAGGGACGAGACCGCAACAACCCUUCAUCCAUGUUGGGAGGCAUAUCGCCUCGUUGACAAGAGGGAGCUUGUUGUUUAUUUGAAUGCAUUUUCUGGUGAAGCCACAACAGAAUUUCCUAGCACUCUUCAAAUAGCCAGAGGAGGAAUUUUGGCAGAUGCUAUGGGGCUUGGAAAGACCAUCAUGACCAUAUCACUACUCACUGCCCAUUCAGGAAGGGGUGCAUCAUUAGGCAGUCAACCCAUAGCUCAGUCCUUUAUUGAAGGCGGUGAAGUUAGUGAUAAUGAUACAAUUCCCAAUUUUUCACAUAUUCCGAAGAAGGCAACCAAAUUUGCUGGUUUUGAUAAAUCGAAGAAGCAAAACACUUCUCUAACACGUGGCGGCAACUUGAUAAUAUGUCCCAUGACACUUCUUGGGCAGUGGAAGGCAGAGAUUGAAACUCAUGUGCACCCUGGGUCCCUGUCUAUAUAUGUUCAUUAUGGACAAAGUAGGCCCAAAGAUGCCAAAAGUCUAGCUCAAUGUGAUGUUGUAAUUACUACAUAUGGAAUUUUGGCCUCUGACUUUUCCAGUGAGAAUGCAGAGAAUAAUGGUGGACUCUUCUCAAUUCGUUGGUUCAGAGUGGUUCUUGACGAGGCACAUACAAUAAAGUCUUCUAAAAGUCAAGUUUCUAUGGCUGCUUCUGCUCUAAUUGCUGACAACCGCUGGUGUCUUACUGGGACUCCAAUCCAGAACAACCUUGAAGAUAUUUACAGUCUUCUUCGCUUUCUGAGAAUAGAGCCUUGGGGACAUUGGGCCUGGUGGAACAAGCUCAUUCAGAAACCAUUUGAGGGUGGUGACGAGAGAGGAUUGAAAUUAGUUCAGUCCAUUUUGAAGCCGAUCAUGUUGAGAAGAACCAAAAAUAGCACAGAUCGAGAGGGCAAGCCUAUACUAGUUCUCCCUCCAGCUGAUAUGCAGGUAAUUUACUGUGAACCCACAGAAGCUGAAAAGGACUUUUAUGAAGCCUUAUUCAAAAGAUCUAAGGUAAAGUUUGAUCAAUUUGUUGAGCAAGGACGUGUUCUUCAUAAUUAUGCUUCAAUACUAGAGCUACUUUUACGUCUUCGGCAAUGUUGUGACCAUCCAUUUCUUGUAAUGAGUCGAGGUGAUACUCAAGAAUUUGCUGAUCUAAACAAACUAGCUAAGCGUUUCCUUAAAGGAACCUGUAAUGCUUCGGAAGGUCAAGUAAAAGAUGCCCUCUCACGAGCUUAUGUUCAAGAAGUUGUGGACGAGCUGCGUAAAGGGGAGCAGGGAGAAUGUCCAAUAUGUCUUGAAGCAUUUGAAGAUGCAGUGUUAACACCGUGUGCUCACCGCCUUUGCCGGGAAUGCCUCUUGUCAAGUUGGCGAAAUUCUACCUCUGGUUUAUGUCCUGUUUGUAGGAAAACAAUCAGUAAGCAGGAUCUUAUCACUGCCCCUACUGAGAGUCGAUUUCAGAUUGAUAUUGAGAAGAACUGGAUAGAGUCAUGCAAGGUAACUGGUCUUUUGAAUGAACUUGAAAAUCUCCGCUCCUCAGGCUCUAAGAGCAUUGUUUUCAGCCAGUGGACUGCUUUUCUAGACCUCUUGCAGAUUCCCUUUACUCGGAAUAGAAUUUCAUUUGUUCGUCUUGAUGGGACAUUGAAUAUGCAGCAGCGGGAAAAAGUAAUCAAACAAUUCUCAGAAGACAGCGACAUACAGGUGUUGUUGAUGUCACUAAAAGCUGGUGGAGUGGGUAUAAAUCUAACAGCAGCUUCCAAUGCUUUUGUCAUGGACCCAUGGUGGAAUCCAGCUGUCGAGGAGCAAGCUGUUAUGCGUAUUCAUCGCAUUGGGCAAACAAAGAAGGUGGCUAUCAAACGGUUUAUUGUUAAGGGGACAGUUGAGGAGAGAAUGGAGGCAGUGCAAGCACGCAAACAACGAAUGAUUUCUGGCGCCUUGACAGAUCAAGAAGUUCGAACUGCACGAAUUGAGGAGUUGAAGAUGCUUUUUACUUAGACCAAUAAGGUAGUGAAAACGUUGUUUGCUGUUAGGUGCACCAUGCACCUUCAUCAUUUUGCAUCUCAUGGUUUUCUUUUCACAUGUAAUUGUGAAUGCAAGAUAGUGGUGACUCAAGAUGAAAGUGCUUCUUAGGUGGCACGUGAGUCAAGGUGUUGCCUCUUAUUUCCCCUUGUUUUAAUGUUUUUUAUAAGUUAAAAUAUAAGGGGAACUCCCAUCUCCAUAUUUGGGAUUUGAAAAAAAAUCAGAAGGAAGGGAUAGAUUAUUCUUGUCAGAAAAAGGGGGUAGGGAUAGAUUAUAAUAUUUUUUAACAUAGUUCUUAUUUUGUCUAUGUACCUAUGUAAUUCAAUAACUAUUUAAUUUAAUGCCUCGCCCACAAUUUGGAGGGGAAGAUUUUUUGAGCUUUGAAGGAGGAUAACAAGAGGUCAUCCGUUCGCUCAUAUUGAAAAUCUGAUGGGUAAUUCCCCCUUCUAAUAUUUAUUCAAAAAAUACAUUGUAACUAGGAUUCACUUGUUAUAAAUUAUCUGUAUAUAGUUCGAACGAUCUGGUCAUGGAGAACUUUGAGAUUGUACUGUACAUAAAAUGUCAUGUUAACUUUGUAGCACACGUUUCCUUAUUUUGUAUGGAUCCUAUCGACUUCAUAAAUAGUCAGCGAAAAUAGAUCAAAUUGGUCGCCUUUUA